CUUAUCCUACUACUAUCGGAAUACCACACCUUAUCGAAUAUUAACUAGAAUGCUCAACAGGAUGAGUAUCAUUACAACUAGGCCUUCCCCGCCGCCUCAAUCUACAAUACCACCCAACGUGUCAAUGCUUACUGCACCUGUGCGUUCCUAUCAUGGUUACCCUCGACAUGAUGAUGAAGAUGAUAUUCAGAGGGAUGGUAGCUCAAUAGCAUCAUCAUCAUCAGCAGGAGGAGGAGGAGGAGAUAGCAGUAUGGAUGACACAUUACUUGAAUAUCAUCAUCAUGAUGAUGAUAACACAGAGGACAGUCAUAGCGACACGGAUAUUAAGAGUGAGUAUGUCCAAUCAGUCCGUGGACAUCCAAUUCAUCCGACUACCAUUGGAGUACUACUAUCACCAUAUAAUAGAAUAGGGGAUAGUUAUGUAGCCCUUACAACAUUAGAUAGGACUGUACUACUACUCGACGAAGACGAAGACGACCAAUGAAGAUAUCCUCUAUCCUUUAUAAAGUAGUAAUACUAACUGUACUUGGAUACCGACAUUGGAUAUUGCUUCUGCAAUAACAAGAACAGCUUCAUCAUCAUCAUUAUCACUGCCUCCUCCUUCAAUUAUUGGUGUUAUCAUCU